AGUUUUGGUUUUUUUAAGAAGCCUUCAUUUUCGAAACGGUAGGGGGUUUCCUCCCUCGCUGCAAAUUUUCGCGGCAUUCAAACGAAAAAAAAAAAAAAAAAAAAAAAAAAAAAAAAAAAAAAGAAGAGGGUUCUGUAGUUCCAGCUUCAGACUCCUCAGAUCACAAAAGAAUUGUUCUUUGGAUCCAAUACUCUUUAUGCUUGAAGCAGCUAUACCCAGACGAAUGAUUUACUUCUGCAAAGGCAGGUCAUGUUUUGCUUCCCUGGGAAGAUCACUCAUGAUUAAGGAGCUAAAUGUAGGUGAAUAUGAGGAGGAGGAGGAUACAGUGCAAGAAGCUAAAUUUCGACUGUCAGAUCAGUACUUUACCAAAAUUGAAUGUAUGUGGACAACCAAAACCAUGAAGAUGAAACUGAGGAGUUCAGGAAGCAAAUUCAUCUUCAGAUGAUAUAAGAAGGGUACAGGAUUAUGCUGGGGUGGUGCUAGUUUUUCGCUCAGUGAUUUAUCAUAGUAUUUCUAUGUUAAAAUCAAUGAGGACGAAAUCACCAUUGACUAUCAUCCCUAGUCAUAACCCAAGCCUCCUGCUGUAUGUGUUGCUUCCAAAUGCUGAUGAUGGAAGAGGCUUCUGCCUCUACGCCAAACUUGAGCAAAGGAUGCAUAAUGGAGAUGGAAGAUAAAGGAGAUUCUUUUGAAGAGACCUAACUUAACUUAGGUUUACAAAUAGUUCCUCUGGAGCCCUUCACUCAGUUGCUCUUUAAGUCUCUCUAAUUCUCUUCCAUUGUUCCAGUUCAAGAAAUAUGGAAGUGAGUUUGUGGAUUGAGGGCCUUUUGAAAGGAAAAUGGUUCCUACAGAGCCAUCCAUUCUCUAAAGUGCAUAAUGAACUUCAAGUUUGUUUCUAUGCUGAAAAGGUUGUUAAUACAGCAGUAUUGUCAUCUUGGUUGUCUCCUCAAAUCUCUUCCUCGUGUAUGAAACCUAGUGCUUGAGGGAGUCUCUGGUGCUGAUGACGAAAUGGACUGAUUGAGCAGCUAAAUUGAGAGGAAGGGCAGAUUGGCUCCGAAUGUUGUCCGAGUUUUUCUUCAAUCCUAGAAGGAUGAUGAACGAUACAACACUUCCCAGUAAGAAAUUGUCUUGAUGCUGAUCCUGAGCAGAGUAUUCUUGUAAUGAAGUCCAUAAUGAGGUGGAAUUCAAUUUCAUUUCGAAGCAAUAAAAGAUUAAAAAUGAU